AUGCUAAAGAGUUUCUCUGAAUCAUAUGUCUCCCCACAAGACCACGCUGAUACAAAGGCCAUAGAUAAUAAUUUUCUAUUCUCGUACUUGCAUUCUCAAUUAAAGGAUGACGAGAUUGAAAGCUUAUUAAAUCAAUACUGGAACAUAUUUGAUCCCGUUUUCCCUCUUAUCCAUAAACCUACUUUUAAUUACAAGUCAGCAUCCUGUACUUUAGUUAGUGCAAUGUGCACUGUCGCGAUGUUGUACAGAAGUGACCUGAAGAAUUUCUCUGGUAUCCUUUGUGAAAACACACUAAAUGCGAUCAACGAACCUUUAUUUUGUGCAAAUGCUUCAAUACAGACUGUUCAGGCGGCUCUCAUAUUGGUAUUUUACGGAACAUUUACAGAUAAAGUUUGGUAUCAAAGGUGCAGAGCCCUACAUUCUCAGAUUGUGGCUGUAGCGAGAGAGACUGGAAUCUUUCAAACUAAUCCUAGGGACCAAUGUGAUGAUGAGUGGAAGUCAUUUAUAGUGUCAGAGGAAAGAAAAAGGGUAUCUUUCUGCCUGUACAUGAUUGACAGUCAAAUGGCGACCUUGCUCAAUUAUCCGCCUUCACUUUCACACUAUGAAAUCAAACAUCCACUUCCUUGCUCCGACACUUUGUGGCAGCUUGAAAAUGCGCUUCUUUGGAAAGAAAAGCAUACCCUAGAGCUUUCCAACGGUGAGCGCACUUCUUUCUUGGAUGCUUUGCAACAGGCCUUGAUAUUCGGAAAGACACCUAAAAACAUAUCUUCUUUUGGAUCUCUCUCAAUUCUCCUUCCCAUUCAUAUAAUGAUUAGAAACAUGGAGCAGUACGCUGGCGUGCUGGAAGUUCCGAAAAUUAAGGCCAACGAUCCUUUCUCGAGAAAAUCCCAGUUGGGGACUGCUUUGAAUGCACUGCGAUCUUUGAUUCCUAAAAGAGGACUAAGAAAAGGUCCCAAGAAAUCCCACGAUAUGUGGGAUAUGUUUGUUGCAACCUGGAACCUUGCAUAUAUUCAUCUCCAUGUCCCGGAUCCAAUCAUUACAUCUGGCAUCGUCGAAGUCACUUUGAGGGCAACCAUUGCUACGGCUGCAGUACUUGCAAAACCUAGCGAGUGGUAUCCUCCCGGCGGAACUUCUGUAUCAAGUAACAACAUGCAUCUAAUUUCCAGUCAUAGUCUUUCUGUGAUGGUCAGUCAUAUCUGCUAUUUUCUGAAGUUUGCGGACUUCUUGAAGGCCGAUGGGGGACAAGAGCGAUCACCCGUGUUUACAUUUAUGUUUUACAAAGCGGGCCUGGUUGCAUGGCAAAUUUUACACAUCGGCUUGAGUGGCAGAAAACUAGAGAGCACUCAAGAUGGUACCAAGCCAGUGGAUGAAGAAUAUAUUAUGAGACGGUUGGUGGACGACAUCAUGUCUUUUGUGGAAGUUGAUGACCCGAGUGAAGUACAUGAUUCCGAUGAAUUGAAAGUAUUUGAAAAGUGGAUGAGGACAGUACUUGUUACUGCUGACACUUGGUCAGUUGGUGCCGGCGCUAGUGCAUCUUUUUUCUUCUAG